UCUGCAGUCUGCCCACCGGGCACGAGAAUAGAAAUUUUGCUUUCUAAAAGCUCUUUAACGUUUUUUCGCUUUCGGCUUUGCCUCCGGCGAGAGUUUUGACGGUCGUUGUCCAUAGAACCAGACUCCUGGUGAUGGCCCAUGGGUCUGUGAUUCGCUGACCAGUAAUAAAUAAUAUUAAAAAAAAAGGAAAGGAAGAAGAAAGCGAAAAAGCUUAAAGCCAAAUUGAGAACCCACGAGAACAGAGGAAUUAUCGAUUGGAUGGUGAGAGCGAGUGCGAGAUGAUGGAAGCACAGAAAUAUGUAUGGGAAGGGGCGAUUCCGCUUCAGAUUCAUCUCCAUGAGUCGGAAGUCACCACCCUCCCUCCCCCACUCCCCGCUCUGAUCUUAGCUCCUCGUAUAGGGUACCUGCCUUUGUUGAUUCCUCAUAUAAAGCCUCAUUUCAGUAGUGCACUUCCUCCCGGGGUCGACACCGUUUGGUUUGAGUACAAGGGGUUGCCCCUCAAAUGGUAUAUUCCAACAGGGGUUCUUUUUGAUCUUCUAUGUGUGGAACCUGAAAGGCCUUGGAAUCUGACAGUGCAUUUCAGAGGAUAUCCUGGAAAUAUAUUGAUUCCAUGUGAAGGUGAAGAUAGUGUAAAAUGGAGCUUUAUCAAUUCAUUGAAAGAGGCAUCAUAUAUAAUCAACGGAAAUUGCAAGAAUGUUAUGAACAUUUCUCAACCUGAUCAGGUGGAACUAUGGCACUCUGUUUUCAAUGGUAAUUUGGAAGCCUACCUUAAGGUAUCGUCUAAACUUAAGCUUGGAACAGCUGGACAUGAAUAUUCUGCAAAUUUGAGUUCAGGCUCUUUUGUAUCUCGACAAAGUGCUGGUGACACAGAUGCUACUGGACAAGUCAAAACAGGUAGAGUUCCAGUUCGUUUGUAUGUUUGGGGUGUCAGUGAGGAUUUUGAUGAUCUAGAAGAUGCACCUCAAAUUGAUAGUUGGGACAAAAUCUCUUACAUAAAUCGGCCUGUUGAGAUUCAUGGAGAAGAAGGUAAAUGCUUUACCUUACUUGAUGCAGUAAAAAGUCUUCUGCCAGAGCAUUUUCAGUAUAAAUCUUUAACUAAUGAAGAAUCAUCCAAAGAAGAAGGUGAGGAUGAACAGAAAGUUCCUUCAGAAGAGGGGGGAGAAAAUUUGAGUGAAUAUGUGGAGUCUUGCUAUCCAUCUGAUAAUGCUGAAGUGAAGCUUGUUCGCAUCCAAGGGAUUGAACCAAAGUUGGAAAUACCUUUCUCUUGGGUUGUGCACAACUUAAUGAACCCUGAGCACUUUCUUCAUGUUUGUGUGUGCCUGAAAUUUUCACAAGUAAAAAUACCUUCAGAUGGAUGACAAGGGACUUAAUUGGCAAAUCAUUUUUAUAAAUAAAUGAUAAUGGUGAGCUAGGCAAUGGAAUAACAUCCUCCUCAUAUUUAUGCUCUCUUAGGUUGAACCUAAGACCUCAUCUUUACUAGUGAGAGAAAUGCUACCUAGUUACAAAGUAAGCCUAUGGUAUUAGGAAUCUCAAAA